UGGAGGAUGCCAAGAAGAACUGGGAGCUGAAUCGCCUGAAGACUCUUCGUGAGGAGGAGGAAAGACGCUGUGAACUCGAAGAGGAUGAAAUGUUGUUCACAUACUCUCGGGAAGAUGCCACUAACAAGGUAUAUGUGGAUGAAGACCAAGGAGAACAAAUGCCUAUGUGGUGUCCACCAACUCCUCCUCAAGAUGAAAAUGACAUCUAUGUAGACGAGACCCUAUGCUUCCUGUAUGAACCUUCAGUUAUGUGUGAGACGCAACUACCACAGAUCUAUGUGAAGAGAGAACCACGACGUAUGCGGUUGCACGCUUCUCAUCAUCACAAACAGAAGGUACGUAAAGAGGAGCAAAAUCGUGUUCCGCGAUCUCUCUUUGAUCGUCCAUCAGCUGCCAUCUUGAAAAUGCGCCGUGACGCCAAGCUGCACAAACUAAAGCAGCACGGAUUGCUACAGAAACCAUACAGGUCGUCCAUGCCUAUGAUGAACAAACCUUCAAUGGAUGUGUCCACUGACCAACCAGAGUGGCUUGUACAUGAAGAUUGGGCUCUAUUACAGGCGAUACAGACACUGCAGGAAAUGCCACUAAAUCUUCUAGUUGUUUCACCAGCACAUAUUCCCAACUGGGACCUUGUGGCAGACAUUGUAAAUACCUCCUCCAGAAUAUACCGGUCCACUAAACAGUGUAAGAACCGCUAUGAGAAUGUCAUUGUCCCACGUGAGGAAGGAAAAAUACUCUACGAUAUCAACCCUAGAAAACCGAAGAAAACAAAGAGUCUCUAUAAGAGCAAGAAUAAUCGACCAAUGAGAACAAGCCAAUUAUUCAUGCAGGACAAUUACAGCCAAGUGAGCACAUUACACACAUUUAAGUUUGACUGUAUGAAGAACGCAGCUGCCAAACGCACACCUACACUCCGUCCAAAGCUGGUAAACCCUACAACGAAGAAUCCAAAGCACGCUGCAGUGUUACAGGAGAGUGGCAUAAACUAUGAUCAGCCAUUGACUCCUAUACAAGUGGCAGCCAUAAGGGCUGAUAGGAUUGCUAGGGAGAAAAAACAAUCUCAACAAGCAGCAGAGCAACUAGCUCAGCAAAGAGCAGCCCAGACAACGACAACAACUGCUGUUGCUACAGCAACUACAGUGACAGCUGGUAUCGUGAAAGCAGCAACAUCACAAGCUGUUGCCACAGCAGCAGGAGCCACAACAGUUAUGACAGUCAGUGGUACAUUAACCCCCGCAUCCAGAGCUAGAGUCUCAUCUGCUAUGAAUAUUCAUGAGUUAUCGCAGGCUCUGGCCAACAACCAGCGUGCCCAAGGUCAGGCAGGAACUGCAACAGCUGUGAUUACAACUGCCUUGACGGCACAACUUGUGGCGGCUCAGAGGGCAGCACAGUCUACUGCAAGCCCUGCAACAACUGCUGUCGUAACCGCAGGAACCAUCAAUUCGCAGUUAACACAAGCGACUGGAGUGACCACGGCCAAGAACUUCACCCCAGCUCAGCUGACAAUGUACAAGCGCCAGCUAGCUGCAACUGCUAGCAGGACAAACCAGGCUCAACAGGCGGAAGCUUUAAGACGGGAACAAUUGCGUAAACUGGCAGCUCAGGGCAAGACAGUGUCUGUGACAUCACCUCUCAUCACUAGUAUAACCUCAGGCCAAGUAGCAACCAGACCACAGAUUGCACAUCAAAUUAAGCAGGGGCAGCAGGCACAGCGUCCAGUGACAGAAGCAGAGAUGCAACUUCUCUUGAAACAGCGCCAUAUACAACAGCAGCAGCAAAAGGCGGCACAGGCAGCAGCGCAGCAGGCCUCAGCCCAGGCACAGGCCCAAGCUGCACAGGGUCUUACUCCAACACAGAUCUUGGCCCAGGCCCAACAACAGGCAUCCUCCCAAUCACCUGUCGCAACUCUCGUCAAAACUGUCUCCGGGGCUGCAGGCUCCACCUCCAUGACAAUUCCUGUCAGUGCUGUCAAUGUGGGCGGAGUCACAAUCCCCUCUAAAGGUGGCACUGCCAAGGUUGUGACUGCUCAACAGCGUUUACAACAGCAUCAGUUACUGCAGUUGCAACGGAACAGACAAGCUCAGCAGCAGAAAAUAACUUUGCAGCAAGUUGCCGGUAAGACACCAAUCCCUGUGAACGCAGUCCAGAUUAUCCAACAACCAUUAUCCGCUCAGAAGUCUCCAGUUACCGUGCAACAGAUUCAUCAGAUCAUGAGACAACAGCAACAAGCUGCCCAGAAUCAGGGUAACCAUGGCAACCAGGCACAGACAAUACAACAGAUCAUAACAUCUGUGUCUCCAGCUAGUUCCCAACCUGCUACUCUAAUUGUUACCCAGGCUCAGCCAACUCUAGGUAGCAGGGUCAACCUACCAGGCCAUGUAGUGACAACAUUAUCCCAGCCAAGAGCAUCCAUCUCUUUGACUGGCAACACUGGUGCCCGCCAGAUCACUGCAGCCCUAGGCUCUAGUAGUAGCCUAGUCACUGGUGGCACAAUUGUGAAACCUCUAGAGCAUUCAGUGGCAAGUCCAGCUCAAACCAAGCCAACCUUGACUACAAUAGCUGCACCUAAAUCACAGACACAGCCUCAGAUUCACCAUGUAGCUGUAUCUCAUGCAGCAGCUGCAUCUUUAUCUCAUCAAGUAGCUGUGUCUCAUCAAGCAGCUGCACCUACCACAGCUGUAACUCAGGCAUCUCCUGCUACUAUGGUGCGAGUGUCCCAAGCAGCUGUGUCUACACAGAGCCAAGCUGCAGCUCAGGCUGUAGCUCAACAGAUACAGCAGCAAGCUGCCCUUGCUCAGGCACAAGCUCAGACAGGGGUGAGUCCUGGGCAGGUGGUGGGCCAGGCUGGACAACAAUCAAAACAAUCACCUUACCAAAUGAGACUGAGAAACCCUCCUAAGCAUUGAAAGUGGUUUGAGCUUUGAGAAAUCUUCUCCCUCUGCUGAGCAUUUUGGAAAAUGACAACAACAUUCAUCUAACCAGAUAGACAAGCCUCAGAAACCUCCCAACCAUAAAAAUUAACACUUGCAAACACCCUACUAUAGCUAAAAUGGAAUACCUUAUGAAACAAAGUGGAGAAAGGUAUAACAGAGGACCUAACAGAGCUCCCUUGGCAAAUGUAACCAAGAUAACCAAUAGUUAGCACAAUCAUUGUGUAUUUUGUUUUGCAUCAAGUAUCUGGUUGUAUUAUAUUUUCAUCUUGUUCAGAGGUAAGGACACCAGUGAGCAAUACCAGUCUUCUGUCAUUCCAUAAAACACUCAGUUUUAGAGAGAAUGCUUGGAGAUAG